AUGUCCUCGCGCAUUCGUGUCGAGGGGCAUGGACGCGCGCGCGCGGAUGUGUUCACUCGGGUGCUCGACACGGACGACGUCCUGGGUCCCUCCGGGGUCCAGGCCGGCCAGGAGCGCACCGGGGCCCUCGGUGGUGCGGUUGCUGGUCAACCAGGGGCCCGACACGCCUGCCGGGGCUUCGGCGCCUCGGCAAGUCGCCCGGGCCUCGGCAAGUCGCCCGGGCCUCGGGCGGCCGGCAUAUAUGUCCCGCGCCUCACCUCGUUGGUGGCCUGUACGUCCGAUGCCAGCUUCCUGGGCGCGCCACAUCCAUGA